AUGGCUUCCUCGAGAGCUGCAUCUCGUCUGACGACGCCUUUGCGAUCUCUUGCAUGGAGAACUGUUGCUAGACCUCUCUCGUCAUCUCCGGUAGUUCCGCUGUCCACCAACAUCUCGGCCUUCUCCCCAUCUACUUCGUGCUCUCCCUCCGUACGAUGGAGCUCCCACUCGCCCAUGGGGCAAACUCCGGCGAACCCUCGAAAGAAGGUUACCCUGCAGACUCUACGAAAUCUUUACAAAAAGGGUGAACCGAUCACCAUGCUCACCGCCCAUGACUUCCCUUCCGGACAUGUCGCCGAGACUGCUGGAAUGGAGGUGAUAUUGGUUGGUGAUAGCUUGGCCAUGGUAGCAUUGGGAAUGGAGGAUACAAGUGAAAUCCUUAUGGAAGAGAUGUUGCUGCAUUGCCGGAGUGUGUCUAGAGCAGCCAAAACCUCGUUCACGGUUGGUGACCUUCCCAUGGGAUCCUAUGAAGUUUCCCCUGAACAAGCAGUGCAAUCGGCCAUCCGUAUUGUAAAGGAAGGUCGUGUGCAAAGUGUCAAGCUCGAAGGUGGCGAGGAGAUGGCGCCGACAAUUAAGCGCAUCACAACAGCAGGAAUUCCUGUUGUGGGCCAUAUUGGUCUCACCCCUCAGCGUCAGAACGCUCUCGGAGGCUUCCGAGUUCAAGGAAAAUCCACUGCCGGGGCAUUGAAGCUGCUAAAAGACGCCCUUGCCGUGCAAGAAGCCGGUGCUUUCAUGAUAGUCCUUGAGGCAGUGCCUGCAGAGAUCGCUGCUAUUAUCACAGAGAAGCUUCGAGUGCCAACAAUUGGCAUUGGUGCUGGAAAUGGCUGCUCUGGACAGGUCCUUGUUCAAAUCGACAUGACCGGCAACUUCCCAACCGGCCGUUUUCUUCCCAAGUUCGUCAAAAAGUAUGCCGAUGUUUGGGGUGAGGCGAUGAAGGGAAUCCAGCAAUACAGAGACGAAGUCAAGAGCCGGGCCUAUCCUUCACCAGAAUACACUUAUCCCAUUUCGAAAGACGAACUUGCCGAGUUCGAGAAGACGGUCGAUGACUUUCACCGCAACUUAUGA